ACAGUAAACGUUGAACUGUGCGCAUGCAUUUUUGGUUUUUCUUUGAGCAAUUUUCCCAGUUACGCUAUGGUUAUUGUUAAGAGGUUGUCGGUAUCUACACACUUUGCACCCAAGUAGAGUGUUCCGUCUUACAUUUGGCACUCGAGCUAGAACCGUACUUCGGAAUCCGAAUCCUGCGGAUAGGUGUAGUUCCGUCUAACCACACUAGACCUUGGCUGAAAAAAUGACGCUGACUGUGAUUCUCCUUUCAAUGACCCUUAUCGGGGGGUGCUACUCCACGAAUCUGACCGAGUCCUUGAUAGCCGAGGGUAUCAUCGACUUCAACGCCACGCUUCUGGGACAGUCCCUCCUCGCGGCGCCUCCGAUUGGGACGUUGCUGAACCGCGCGGGUUGGACGGUCACUUGCGACAGCUCUCACGCGGGGAACGAGUGCGCCAAGGUGUUGGAUGGGAAUGUGAACACGUUCUGGCACUCCGAGUAUCAACCGACGGCGAGACCUCUGCCGCACUCGAUCACCAUCGACAUGAAGGCUGUUAAGACCGUCAACGGACUCGGCAUGCUCCCCAGACAGGACGGCAAUGCCAAUGGAUUGAUCGCGGGGCACACUAUUUCCGUUAGUCAGGAUGGGAGGAAUUGGGUGCUGGUUGCGUUCGGCACUUGGUACGCGGAUAACACAGAGAAGAUUUCCGAAUUCGAGGCGGUCAAAGCGCGGUACAUGAGACUGGUACAUACAACGGAGCCAAAAAACCAAGCUUUCACGGCUGUGGCAGAGCUCAACGUUUACGCCGCGGCUUCGUACACGGCCCCGCAGGCGAGCCUUGGGAUCUGGGGACCCACGAUCGACACCCCGAUCGUCCCCGUCGCGACAGCCGUUCUACCCAACGGCAACGUCCUCAUGUGGUCCUCUUACGCCAAAGACAGCUUCGUCAAUGGCCCGGGUGGCGUCACGCUUACAGCCAUCUACAACCCUAAUGACAGGACCAUCACGCAGCGCACCGUCUCCAACACCCGCCAUGACAUGUUCUGUCCCGGGUGUUCCAUCGACUUCAACGGACGAGUCAUUGUUACAGGUGGGAAUAGCGCUCCCAGGACCAGCAUCUACGACCCGGCCUCCAACUCCUGGAUCUCGGCCCCGGACAUGAACAUCGCGCGCGGCUACCAGUCCUCCUGCACGUGUUCCAGCGGCCGAAUCUUCACCAUCGGCGGUUCCUGGAGCGGCAACCAGAACGUCGUCAAAAACGGCGAGAUCUACGACACCGCGACCAACAAAUGGACUCUCCUCCCCGGGUGCCCCGUCAAACCGAUGCUAACAGCCGAUAAGAAAGGCACCUAUCGCGCGGACAACCACGCCAUGUUGUUCGCCUGGUCCAACGACGCGGUCCUCCAGGCCGGGCCGAGCACGGCCAUGAACUGGUACACGGUGACAGGGACCGGCGGCCAAAGAAGCGCCGGGACCCGCGGCGGGGGCCCGGACGCCAUGUGCGGCGUCGCCGUCAUGUUCGACGCCGUCGGGGGCAAGAUCCUGGUCGCCGGGGGGUCGCCGAACUACGACGACACCGCCGCCACGACCAACGCCUACGUCAUCACCAUCGGACAGCCGAACGCCAACGUCGUCGUCAAAGCGACCGGCAACAAGAUGACCUACCCGCGUAUUUUCGUCAACGCCGUGGUGCUCCCCAACGGCGAGGUCUUCAUCUGCGGUGGGCAGGGCGUGGGGCUACCGUUCCAAGACACGGGAGCCCAAUUGACCUCCGAAAUCUACUCAUCGAAAGAUGAUAGAUUCCGAUUGGCGGCAGCUAACUCCAUCCCCCGCGUCUACCACUCGGUCGCUCUUCUCAUGAAAGACGGAACGGUGGUCUGUGGUGGAGGUGGUCUCUGCGGGACCUGCAAGACGAACCACUUCAACUUCCAAACUUACUCUCCGUCGUACCUGUUCAAUGCCGACGGGAGCAGAGCAACCAGACCGGUUAUCGCCAGUGUUUCGGCGACCACUAUUAAACCUGGAGGAAGCCUGACAAUAAAGACUGAUAGUGGUGUAGCGUCGGCAAGUCUUUGCCGUUUGGGUAGUGCUACGCAUUCGGUUAACACGGACCAACGCCGUGUGGCUCUAACCCUGAGGGUGGCGGGAACGAACGCCUAUUCUGUGACCCUGCCGGCGGAUCCCGGAAAAUUGCUUCCGGGUUACUGGUUUUUGUUCGUUAUGAAUGCCAAGGGAACGCCCAGCAGCGGGACUACAAUUAAGGUCACUUAGCCCUAAAAUAGGUCUGUAAUAUUUUAGAAGGAGUCUAAAGUAACUUUUUCCACGACUCACCAAUUUUAGUUCGAAUUUUUUAAAACUUAUCAAAAUGGUCAUUUCGCGAUUCUCUCCCAUCAUCAGGUAUGCCCGAGUAGCAUUUUUAAACGGAGAAAUCGCGAUGUAUUGAAAUUAAGUUGCGAUUUUUUUUACGAUUUUUUGGCGAUAAAAUCGCUAGGAUCAUCAACAUCUGAGCGAUUAUCCUCACUCUUGCCGCGACUUUAUCUCUAUAAAAUCACGUUCGAAAAAGUCGAAAUUUAAUCUUAAUUUAUCAUGAUUUUUUGUUCGAUACCAUUGCGAUAAGCCGCCGUCAAUAAAAUCGCGAUUUAAUUGCAAAUUUAUGCGAUGAAGUUGCAAUACAUUUUCCGCGAUCACAUCGCAACUUAUCGCGAUCACGUACUGCUACUCGGGUCCAUAAAAAUGGAAUAACUGUAUACAACUUUUCGCGAGUCACGAAGACGUGAGAAACGUGCCGUGGUUUAUCUCUUCACGAAAAAGUUACCUCGAACUACUGUCAAGUUCCACGAGGCGAUUAAAGUUAUGUUUAUCCUAUUAUCUUUUUCAUUUUCAGGGCUAUAUUUCGCGACAUGGUUAAACUUAAGCCAGAACAUAAGAUUAAAACUAUAUUCAAAUGGUCAAAACUAGUUCCCUCAAUCCUCUUUUGUCAUAUAAAGUUUUUACAAUGUAAACUAGAGUUAAAUAAAAUUUUGCCCGCGAUUUAA